AUGGAGGUAGCGCUCCGUCUUCCGAAAACGGGGAAGUUAGUGGUGGUCGGCGGCGGCAUUGCAGGCGUCACUUGUGCGGAGCAGUUGGCUAUUCAGUUUCCAUCAGAAGAUAUUCUCCUGGUGACAGCAUCUCCUGUCAUUAAAGCUGUUACAAAUUUCAAGCAGGUUUCUAAAAUAUUGGAAGAAUUUGAUGUUGAAGAACAACCAAGUACCAUAUUAGAAAACCGCUUUCCCAACAUUAAGGUUAUAGAAUCUGAAGUAAAGCAACUGAAGAGUGAAGAACACUGCAUUUUAACAGAAGAUGGCAAUCAGCAUGUGUAUAAGAAACUCUGUCUUUGUGCUGGAGCUAAACCGAAGUUGAUAUGUGAAGGAAAUCCUUAUGUAUUAGGAAUCCGUGAUACAGAUAGUACUCAGGAAUUUCAGAAACAGCUCACUACUGCUAGAAGAAUAAUGAUUGUAGGGAACGGUGGUAUUGCAGUUGAGUUAGUUUAUGAAAUUGAAGGCUGUGAAGUGAUUUGGGCCAUUAAAGAUAAAGCUAUCGGGAAUACUUUCUUUGAUGCAGGGGCAGCUGAAUUCUUAACUUCAAAGCUCAUUGCUGAAAAACCAGAAGCUAAAGUUGCACAGAAAAGAACCAGAUGUACAACUGAAGGAAGGAAAAAGGAAACAAGAACCAAAGCUAAGGAUGGUAAUGUAGGUAGUGCAUUGGGACCUGAUUGGCAUGAAGACUUGACUCUUAAAGGAACCAAAGAGUUUUCUCAUAAGAUUCACAUUGAAACCAUGUGUGAAGUAAAGAAAAUCUACCUUCAGGAAGAAUUUAGAAUUCUGAGGAAGAAGUCCUUGACUUUUCCAGAAGACCAUCAUAAUAAGUCAGUUAAACCAACUGAUAAAGAGAUGUGGCCUGUGUAUGUGGAAUUGACUAAUGAAAAGAUAUAUGGCUGUGAUUUCAUUGUCAGUGCUACAGGAGUUAUACCAAAUAUAGAACCUUUUCUCCAUGGCAACAAUUUUGAUCUAGGACAAGAUGGUGGCCUGAAAGUAGAUGAUCAUAUGCAAACGUCACUUCCUGAUAUCUAUGCAGCAGGUGACAUCUGCACUGUAUCGUGGCAGCCCAGCCCAGUCUGGCAGCAGAUGAGGCUGUGGACCCAGGCUAGACAGAUGGGAUGGUAUGCCGCAAAGUGCAUGGCUGCAGCUAAUUUAGGAGACACUAUUGACAUGGAUUUCAGCUUUGAACUUUUUGCUCAUGUAACAAAAUUUUUUAACUAUAAGGUUGUAUUGCUGGGAAAAUACAAUGCACAGGGCUUAGGUUCAGAUCAUGAACUAAUGCUGAGAUGUACCAAAGGAGAAGAAUAUGUCAAAGUUGUCAUGCAAAAUGGGAGAAUGAUGGGAGCUGUCUUAAUUGGUGAAACUGAUUUGGAAGAAACAUUUGAAAACCUAAUUUUAAACCAAAUGAAUCUUUCAUCCUAUGGAGAAGAUCUGCUAGAUCCAAAUAUUGACAUAGAAGAUUAUUUUGAUUAAAAAGGACAUUUCAAGAAAACAUACAUUUCCAAAUAAGACAAAAAAAAUCAUAAGCCAAUAUUGUGAAUAACUGCACUGAUUU